UCUCUCUCUCUCUCUUCUUACUGUUUGCUUUGAUAGCAAUUAAUGAAAUUUCCUCUUCAACUCUCUUUGUCCUUCUCUUCAUCUUCACGUUUUAUUUCUGUUACAUGAACCACCGUCAGUCUUUUCAUUUCUCUUUUCUUUUUAAACUUUUUGGUUCCUGGAAAUUACCCUUUUGCUCUUUCUGUUCUUCACCCGCUUCAUCAAAUCUAACUUAUCAAAUUCGAUUUCUUGGAGUGCUUGCGUUGAGUUGGUUGGUAGAUCUAAUUCCAAGUGGGGUUCUUUUUGUUUUGUGAUUUGGGGUUUCAUUGGGCUGUAAAGUUUGGUUUUUUACCAGAUUUGGUGGUUUAUUUUUUCAGGGUUUUUGUUAUGUUUGAUUGGUUUGGUAUGUAGUUUAAGGUUUAUUGUUCUUUAUUUUUAGAAUUCAGUAGAAUUAAUGCUGCUAAUGAAUUGUCGAGUAGCAAUCUUACAAAUAUAUAGAUUUUGUGUAUAGUAUCAAUUAUAAACCGGUAUUUUGUGUUAGUUUCAAAUGGUUGAUUUUUCGUUUCUUGAUAUAUUUGAUCAACCCCAGUUCAUAUAUUUCUAGUAUUUUAAUUCUGUUGUAUAAAUAAUUUACUUUUUAACUGAAUUAUGUGUUUUAUUUAUACUUAGGUUUUAGCUAUUUUAUAUUCAGUAGUGGUGGUUUGGGGUUCUUUUUGCUGUAGGGAACUAUGAAUCGUUGUUUCCUCAAGCCUGAUAAUUCUUAAUAUAUAUUCAUUCAUAGAGUUGAAUGGCUAAUUCAGCCGAACCAUCAUCUUGUUUGAGCUUUACUUCAUCUUCUCAUCUAUCAAAUGGCUCAAUUAGUCACAACUUAUCCUCCUCUUCUGCCUCUGAGGCAGCGGGGCUUAGUCUUGAAGUGUUAAGUUUAAGCAAGCUUAGUUCUAGUUUGGAGCAACUCUUGCUUGAUUCCACUUGUGAUUAUAGUGAUGCUGAUAUAGUUGUUGAGGGGACCACGGUUGGUGUACAUCGAUGUAUUUUGGCUGCAAGGAGUAAGUUUUUCCAUGAGUUAUUUAGGAGUAAAAAGGGCACUUCUGAUAAAGAAGGAAAACCAAAAUAUGUGAUGAAUGAGUUGUUGCCUUUUGGCAAGGUUGGGUAUGAAGCCUUCUUGAUUUUCUUGAGCUAUCUUUAUACUGGGAAGCUGAAGCCUUCUCCAAUGGAGGUGUCAACAUGUGUUGACAACAUAUGUGCCCAUGAUGCUUGUAGACCUGCUAUUAAUUUUGCUGUGGAGUUGAUGUAUGCCUCCUUUAUAUUUCAAGUACCGGAGUUGAUUUCACUUUUCCAGCGACGACUUCUUAACUUUGUUGGGAAAGCUCUUGUGGAAGAUGUUAUUCCCAUCCUUGUUGUCGCCUUUCAUUGUCAAUCCAGUCAGCUUGUCACACAGUGUGUUGACAGAGUAGCACGUUCAGAUCUUGACAAUAUCUGCAUUGAGAAAGAACUUCCACAUGAAGUUGCCGAGAACAUUAGGAUGCUCCGUCUUAAGUCUCCACCAGAUGAUGAAAACAGUGUAGAAGCUGUGGACCUCUUGCGUGAAAAGAGAAUCAGGAGAAUCCAUAAGGCACUAGACUCGGAUGAUGUUGAACUCGUUGAACUUCUGUUAUCCGAAUCUGAUAUAACCUUGGAUGAAGCCAAUGCGCUUCAUUAUGCUGCAGCAUAUUGUGAUCCCAAGGUUUUAUCUGAGAUUCUCAGCCUUGGUCUGGCUGAUGUCAACGUGCGAAAUACUCGUGGAUACACAGUUCUUCAUGUUGGUGCAAUGCGCAAGGAACCGUCAGUGAUAGUGUCACUUCUGACAAAAGGAGCUUGUGCAUCCGAUUUGACAUUGGAUGGACGGAGUGCUGUUAGCAUCUGUCGAAGGUUGACAAGGCCAAAAGAUUAUCAUGCAAAGACGGAGCAGGGUCAGGAAGCAAAUAAGGAUCGCAUAUGUGUUGAUGUUCUAGAGAGAGAAAUGAGAAGAAAUCCAAUGGCUGGGGAUGCAUCUAUCACUAACUUCACAUUUGCUGAUGAUCUGCACCUAAAACUGCUGUACCUAGAAAACAGAGUGGCAUUUGCACAAUUGCUAUUCCCUGCUGAAGCCAAGCUAGCCUUGGACAUUGCGCAUACUGAGACAAGAUCUGCGGUUCCUGGUCUCUCUGCAUCAAAAGGUUCAACUGGAAACUUUAGGGAGGUUGACUUAAAUGAGACGCCUAUAAUGCAGAACAAACGAUUACGUUCUAGGAUGGAAGCCCUAAUGAAAACAGUGGAACUGGGUCGGCGCUAUUUCCCUCAUUGCUCUGAGGUUUUGGAUAAGUUCAUGGAUGAUGACCUUCCUGAUUUAUUCUAUCUCGAGGGGGGCACCCAAGCUGAGAAAGAGAUGAAGGAAAUGCGCUUUGUGGAACUUAAAAAGGAUGUUCGCAAGGCAUUUAACAAGGACAAAGCCGAGCAAUCCAGGUUGUCGUCCUCAUCAUCCUCAUCAUCUAAGAAAGACGGCGUAAAUUGCAAACUCAGAAAAUUAUGAUGGCCUGUAAAAUAUAUCCUUAAUAAUUGUGCUUACUGCAUGCACAUUUUUGAGAGAAAUCUUUUUGAGAGCCAGCCAGUGUUGGCUCAUUUUCUGUACAAUUCCAUCCGGGCGAAAACUCUUUUGUAUACAACCCCGGUUGCGAUUUUAAGCCAGGAGAAUCUACUUAUACUUUUGACAGCUUAUAGGAAAAUGUUCUUCAGUUUCUUGUGAGAAACUUUAAUAUAGGAGAAUUACUACUGAGUGUAUUUUCAUAAUUUUUUUCUGAAGUUUGUUCUAUGUAAAAAUUUGAGCAGGGAAAAUAAUCCUAGAACAUAGACAAAGUGUUGUGUUAACAUAGCUGAAAAUUUGACACCAUGUUGGUAGAUUAAUCACAUAUUUGUGCUUGUUGAGAUGAA